AUGCUGCGCGAGCGGACGGUGCGGCUGCAGUAUGGGAGCCGCGUGGAGGCCGUGUACGUGCUGGGCACGUACCUCUGGACCGACGUCUACAGCGCAGCCCCCGCGGGGGCCCAGACCUUCAGCCUGAAGCGCUCGGAGCACGUGCGGGUGGAGGUGGUGUGUGACGGGCAGGCCGAGGAGGUGGCCACCAACGGCAAGCAGCGCUGGCCUCUCUCGCCCAGCACCACGCUUCGGCUCAGCAUGAGCCAGGCCAGCACCGAGGCCAGCAGCGACAAGAUCACUGUCAACUACUAUGAGCAGGAGGGAAACAGCCCCAUCGACCAGGCCGGGCUCUUCCUUACAGCUAUCGAGCUCUCCCUGGAUGUGGACGCAGACCGGGACGGCGUGGUCGAGAAGAACAACCCAAAAAAGGCGUCCUGGACCUGGGGCCCCGAGGGCCAGGGAGCCAUCCUGCUGGUGAACUGUGACCGGGAGAUACCCUGGUUGUCCAAGGAGGACUGCAGGGACGACAAAGUCUACAGCAAGAACGACCUCAAGGACAUGUCGCAGAUGAUCCUGCGGACCAAAGGCCCCGACCGCCUCCCCGCGGGAUACGAGAUCGUCCUCUACAUCUCCAUGGCGGACUCGGACAGAGUGGGCGUGUUCUACGUGGAGAACCCGUUCUUCGGCCAGCGUUACAUCCACAUCCUGGGCCGGCAGAAGCUCUACCACGUGGUCAAGUACACAGGCGGCUCGGCGGAGCUGCUGUUCUUCGUGGAAGGCCUGCGGUUCCCCGACGAGGGCUUCCCAGGCCUGGUCUCCAUCCACGUCAGCCUGCUGGAGUAUAUGAGCGAGGAGAUUCCGCUGACACCCAUCUUCACGGACACCGUGGUGUUCCGGAUUGCUCCGUGGAUCAUGACCCCCAACAUCCUGCCUCCCGUGUCCGUGUAUGUGUGCUGCAUGAAGGACAAUUACCUGUUCCUGAAGGAGGUGAAGAACCUGGUCGAGAAAACCAACUGCGAGCUGAAGGUCUGCUUCCAGUACAUAAACCGCGGAGACCGCUGGAUCCAGGAUGAAAUCGAGUUUGGCUACAUCGAGGCCCCCCACAAAGGCUUCCCCGUGGUGCUGGACUCCCCCCGAGACGGAAACCUGAAGGAGUUCCCAGUGAAGCAGCUCCUGGGCCCAGAUUUCGGCUACGUGUCCCGGGAACCCCUCUUUGAGCCUGUCACCAGCCUCGAUUCCUUUGGGAACCUGGAGGUCAGUCCCCCCGUGACCGUGAACGGCAAGACAUACCCCCUGGGCCGGAUCCUCAUCGGGAGCAGCUUUCCUCUGUCCGGCGGUCGGAGGAUGACCAAGAUCGUGAGGGAAUUCCUGCAGGCCCAGCAGGUGCAGGCGCCCGUGGAGCUGUACUCAGACUGGCUGACCGUGGGCCACGUGGACGAGUUCAUGACCUUCAUCCCCAUCCCGGGCACAAAGCAAUUUCGGAUGCUCAUGGCCAGCACCUCGGCCUGCUACAAGCUCUUCCGCGAGAAGCAGAAGGAAGGCCAUGGCGAGGCCGUCAUGUUUAAAGGCUUGGGCGGGAUGAGCAGCAAGCGGAUCACCAUCAACAAGAUUCUGUCCAAUGAGAGCCUGGUGCAGGAGAACCAGUACUUCCAGCGCUGCCUGGACUGGAACCGUGACAUCCUCAAGAAGGAGCUGGGGCUGACGGAGAAGGACAUCAUCGACCUGCCUGCUCUGUUCAAGAUGGACGAGGACCGCCAGGCCAUCGCCUACUUCCCAAACAUGGUGAACAUGAUUGUGCUGGACAAGGACCUCGGCAUCCCCAAGCCGUUCGGGCCGCAGAUCGAGGAGGUGUGCUGCCUGGAGACGCACGUGCGCUCGCUGCUGGAGCCCCUGGGCCUCUGCUGCACCUUCGUGGACGACAUCUCCGCCUACCACAAGUUCCUGGGAGAGAUCCACUGCGGCACCAACGUCCGCAGGAAGCCCUUCGCCUUCAAGUGGUGGCACAUGGUGCCCUGACCUGCAGCGGGCGCCGCGUGCCGGUCUCAGCCACCUGGAAACUAGGCCGGCCCUGUGGUUCUCAUGAGGGCAAGAAGCCCCUCAGCCAUAAGCAUCAAGAAACUUUGAAAAAACAAAACAAAAAAGUUUAUGACUUACAGGACCUAGAAAUGACACAGCACACCUGGGGCCACCCAGCGAGGUCGUGGGGCGAGAGCGCACGGGCCUGGGGUUCUGCUUUUAUUGGGGUCGAGGAUGGGGGCCCAGGGUUUCCCCAGGCUCACUCUUCAUUGCCAUAUUUAAAA